UACAUUUAAAAUGUAAACUCAUUUUUCAUUAUUACAAUUUUUUAUCAUUGUAUACUUUUACAUUUAGCUGAUGCUUUUAUCCAAAGUGGUUUACAAGUGCUGUGACAAAUCUGUAACAAUAAUUAUAAUUCUGGCAUCAAAACUACCCAAAAUCAAAAUCAUCGUGCAUGGCAUUAUUUAAAAUAAACUCGUAUUAUUUUCCCUUUCGAAGCUUCACUCUCCAGUCCAGCAGGUGGCGCUAAAACGUUUGUUUACCAAACACUAUUAAACCUCAAGAGGAAGAAGAUUAGAUUCAGUGUGCUCUCUGUUGUUUUGACUUGAUGCAGUUAAUACAAGAUGUCAGAAAAGUUGUUUUGUAAAUCGAAAAAUACAGUUUUUGAAUGCGGUCAAUAAAGUCUGUUAUCUCGUCCUCACAGUCGUGACUAAGUUUUGAAUCAAGCAGGAAUACCUGGAGGACUAUAAUCUGAACUGAGAUCUGCUGCUAAGAUGAUGUUUGUUAAAGAGGAGAGUGAAGAGAACACAAGUGAACCAGAAACCUGCAGAAUAAAACACGAAGAACCUGAAACCUGGAGAAUAAAACUUGAUGAACCAGAAACCUGCAGAAUAAAACAGGAGCAUCAAGGAGAGUUGAUUAAAAAAUACAAGGAGAAUGAAGAAUCAAGUGAAGUUGAGGAGACAAAUCAUGUCAAACCUGGAGAAAAACCUAUGAGUUGCUCUCAAACCAAACAGAAUGAUCUACAGAAAACUGGAGUCAAUAAAUCUUUCCCCUGCACUCAGUGUGGAAAGAGAUUCACACGCAAAUAUGGUCUUGAUGUUCACAUGAGAGUUCAUACUGGAGAGAGACCAUUCCCAUGUGAAUAUUGUGGGAAGAGAUUCACACAAGCGUCACACCUUUAUGAUCAUAAGAACAUACACACUAGAGAGAAGUUAUAUGCAUGCGAUCAGUGCGGUAAAAUGUUUUUAUGGGCUUCAGCCCUGAAGCAGCACUUGACAGUUCAUACAAAGGAGAAAACACAUUCAUGUGAUUUGUGUGGAAAGAGUUUUUCAUGUCCACAAAAUUUGAAAGUACAUCAAAAAGUACAUAUUGUUGUAAGAGAGUACAUAUGCUGUGAGUGUGGGAAGACUUUUACUACAGUAAGCUGUUUAAAACGGCACCAGAGGAUUCACACUGGAGAAAAACCUUACAAGUGUUCACACUGUGACAAGAGAUUCAACCAUUCAACACAUCUGAAAUCACAUGAGAGGAUUCACACUGGAGAGAAACCGUACAAGUGUUCACACUGUGACAAGAGAUUCUGUCAGUCAGCAAAUCUGAAAACACACCAGAGGAUCCACACUGGAGAGAAACCUUACAAGUGUUUACACUGUGACAAGAGAUUCUGUAAUUCCGGAAUCCUGAAAACACAUGAAAGGAUUCACACUGGAGAAAAACCAUAUCAGUGCACUACAUGUGGGAAGUGUUUCAAAAAUGUAUCUAAUCUACACAGUCAUACAAAACGCAAUCACAGUAAGUAGAUCAUCUUCAGAUCCAGCUCUUUCAGGCAGUGGUGGACUGGUCAUCUGAAGCACUGGUAGUUUUCCCGGUGAGCCGGCCCGGCCCAUUGUGUGAAUAUACAGUCUUGUUCAAAAUAAUAG